UGUUGAAAUAUUUGACCAACUAUUCUGAUAUCUGUGCUUCACAUUAAUCUAGGACAAUUACCUGGAAGAAGCUCUUAAGAUGGGUAAUCUUUUGGAAGAAUUCAACGAAAAUCAUGGAGUGUGUCCACCUACAAUUCUAGGGUUCGUGAACAUAUCUUUACAGGAAGAAACGAGUUUUGUCACUAUUAGACAGAGAGUUCUUGCAAACCCGCUGAAGGGGAGCUUCAUGCAUGUGUUAAAGUGGAUGACUACUUUUGGAGUAUUGGAUGGGAAGUUCAUUUAUAUUCUUUUGACCAAGCAAAAUCAAAUGGAGUGGUGGAAAUCCUUGAUUAAAGGUGACCCUGAAGUUGAUACACAGAAAAUAAAGCCUGAGAACAGCAAGCUGUCUGACUUGGAUCCUGAAACUUGGCACCGUAGAAAAAAUAAAGGUAAUUUACUGAUUCUUUAUUGUUCAAUACCACUGUUUAAUAAGUUAGCUCAGCGUAGAAGACUGCAUGAGUCAUACAUUUAGUAGUCAAAAAAUCCAUCAAUUGGCUAUUUGCAUGUUCUGUUGGGUUUUUAAGCUGGCAUGGUCCCUUAUGGAUGGAAGAUGUGUUACUAGGUUUAAACAUUAUUUGCUAGAUUAUAUGGACUCCUAUG